UCUGUCGCAAACAUGGUGAGGUCGAUGCCAGCGGGAGUCGACGAUCUAAGAGGCGCGCCCUUGGCGAUCGGCUUGUUCAUCUCCGUCUGCGCUCUGGUCGCUCUGUGCGCCAAGCACCACCGAACGAGGCCUGCCAAGCAGGUCGUUUCCAACACCAACAGCCAUGAAGUCAAGCCGAUGGAGACGAAGAUGAUGAUGACUCCGCCGCGGUCACCACUGAGGGUCGGCCGGAAAGCUGUCCCCUACGAGCCAUGGGAUGAGCCCGAGUUGAAGUUCGCUCCGAGGUCGCCCCUCGCUUCGCCCAAGGCACUGCUGGCCACGGUGAGCAACAAGGCCCUCCCCAUGUUUCAUGCGAAGAAGGCCGCUGAGCAGGAGAAGGCCAAAGUCGGAGCCGGAGCCGGAGCUCCAUCCGACGACGAGGAAGCCGACGGCGUGUGGAAGCGCACGAUCCUUAUGGGAGAACGGUGCCAACCGCCGGACUUCUCCGGCGUCAUCUACUACGAUGAAAGGGGCAAACGGCUACCGAAGUUCCCGCCCAAGUCACCGCGCGGCAGCAGCCCCUUGGCCAACUUCACUUUCCCCGUGGUCGUAACCCGAGAAUCGUCGAGUUAGCUGGCCGCCGGCGACACUUUUGGCUGCUACGCAUGAGAGCAUUGAGAGGCCGGUGGAGUUGUCGAUGGACGAAAUUGGCCUUUUCUUAUCUCUUCGAAGGACGUAAUGCGUCCAAACUCCAUGGUCCUUCAAUGCACUGCCGUGCUAGAAUCAAGGGACAGAUUGGUCAUUUUCGAUUCACAGUGGAGAUCAUUUAGCUUUGGCCGUGAACUCUCAAAAGCUUGUGGUGUUUUUGUUUUUCUUAUCACUGUUAUUGUGGAAGAGCAGGUUUGUACAAAGAUCUAUGUUGAGAGGGAGUAAAAGUUUGUUUCCUUCGGUUUC